UCACGCUGCUGCCAGGUCCACAGUGUCUCAUGGGUCCCUGUACCGCCUCCCAUUGCUGCUGUCUCCAUCGCCACACUCUGCCAUGUGCCACUUUCAGGUCUCCUCACACUCCUGCUGGUUUCCAUUUUGUCAUAGGAUGCUGGCAGAUUACGGGCGUCUCCCAUAGCUUCUGCCAGGCCCCUAAUCUGCCAUGGGCCCCUGUACCGCCUCCUCACGCUGCUGCCAGGUCCACAGUGUGUCAUGGGUCCCUGUACGGCCUCCCAUUGCUGCUGUCUCCAUCGCCACACUCUGCCAUGUGCCACUUUCAGGUCUCCUCACACUGCUGGUGGGUUCCAUUUUGU